AUGUCACCCCAUAAGCGGAACGUCGUAUCUCACGAUCAGAUUCACGCACCGGGUGGGCAGAACGAUAUCGGUUCGUACGCGCGAGCGUCGUCGACGUCGAGCCGAGGCGACGCUGGCGUCCACGCACCGUUCUCGAAAUAGCACCGUCUAAUCCCCGCCACCCCGUUCGUCUUCUAUGACGCCUUUUCGGGUCGCGCUUAGUUACCACCUCUCGAGGGGAGCUGGCACAACCCAGUCGUAAGCAACGCGAUAAACCAACGACAUGCGUGCCAAUCAACCGCGAACGGACAGCUCGGGAAACGCGUGUGCCCGACCGGAGGACAUCCCUGGUGACGUCCACGCUCAAGGAUAAUUCGCUCGACCGGAACUAUGACCUGAAUCUCCGAGACACCGACUCUCGAUUCCGCCCAGAGUCGUUGACGUCCUCUUCGCUCCGAGGAGACCGACGUCCCUCUCGCCAUCGAGAGUGCAACACCUGUGGAUACGCUCGUGAUCGUCGAACCAACGUUUCCGUGAAAAUCAUUGAAUUUACUGAAACGGAAGCCGACGGACCAAAAUAGAGGAUGCUGCGCGUUCCAAGAGAAGAUGGCCUUUUUGAGCUGCCGAUAAGACAGGAGAAUCGUGCAUUUAUUUAGACUGGUCGACCGAAUAGUAUUAUUAAUUUUUCGACGGUCGACGCGUGGGCGUCUGCCGGUAGAAGGAAACGCUGCCUCGUUCGAAGUAUCAUCUGGUUCCAGGUAUAUUUGGUCCCGACCGUGCAUUGCUCCAAAUUUAUAUUUGCGCUAAUUAUACCCCGGUCCGACGUAUGGUUUGUCACCUCGCGUAGAGGCACGGGCGGCAGCAACGAGACACCGACGCUCGAAAUUCGCUGAUGCGCCCGCAAUAAAUGUAAAUAUUAUGACUCGGCUUCACCGACCGACGUCGCGUGGAAAAAAUACGAAAAAGGAAACGUGUCAGCGGUCCGGGGUAUAUUCGGGAAUUCGGAUCCGUGCACCGGGGGAUCCGUUUUUACAAUCUCGAUACGUAAUAUCGACACGAUACAAGGCGAAACCGCUCGAACACGGUAACGGGGGCUCUGAAAAUAGAUCACGAAGACGCAGUAUCACGGAAUUACCGUCUUUCUGUGAACAACUAUGUAUAACGGGCGAGUUCGUGAACCGCGCCACGAAAACUUUUACCGAACGUUCUAUUUGAUUUAGUCGAGGAUCGUAGGAGAACGAAUGAGAGAACAGAGAAAGGGAAGAGAAACGGAAAAGAGCGUCGCGUAAACUGAACGUAAAGGAUGUUGCCGCGAACGAGAAGACGAACGUUUACUACUACGAGGAAAGGAAGGAAAUAAAACAGCGAAGGAAUUUGUCGAAUCUAGGAGAGAUUUAAAAUAGUGGGUAGAGGAAAAGGAAGCCUGAAACUGGUAGCGAGAGAAAGAUUCGAGCAUGAAGCCUUAGAGAGUAAAUCGAUUAAAUUAUAGAAGACUUUUGAGGCAAGGACUUGGCUGCGUUUUCAAACAAAGCAAACUUAAAAGAACGAUAAACUAAUCGAAUUUAGAGAAGGAUAGCCAACGAGUUCCGGAGUGAUUAUCGAAGGAACCGACGUUGAAUCCAUGUGCCAGAGAACGAACGUCGCACGUCGUCCAAUUCUCAUCGCAACGGAGGUGAAAAGUUUGCCCGAUCGACUAAACGCUCGGGCCGAUCAUGUUUUGCGGUGGAUAACAGCGUGGAGAAGGCUGAAGAAAAAGACGCGACAUGUACGGACGCCAGGACGACUCGAACAACGCGCAGCCACCGUGGUUGGUGCGCGCAGAGGUCACCAUUCGCCAUAGCUCUCCGACCACCUCCGAGUCCGGACAGACGCCUGUAGACGUAUCGUCCACGGUGACGGAUUCGGGAGGCGUUCGCAUGAUCUAUCGAUGGAACACCAGUCAGUCUCCGUCGACCCCUCCCACGCCUGUUCCGUCCCCUCCGCCGGGUUCGUACGGUUUCCAGCGAGGGAACAUACUGUUCACGUCGACGCCACCUCCGAGACCACCUCCGGGACCACCUCCGGGAUCGUUCACGUUCCCUAGGUCGGGAUCGUCGGGGAACGACGAGUCCGGGUACAACAGCGAACGGUUCUCGCCGCACUCCUACUCGAGCUUACCCUCUCGCCGUCCGUCCCAGCAGUACAGUCGACGAUGCAAGAGCACCUGCAGCAUCUUCCUGUCCGCCGUCGACACCACGGACGGCUCCAAGAAAGACGCCGCCAGCAGAACAACCACGGAACCCGGCAAACAUGCCUGCGAUCACUCUUGGCGUCACCACUCGUCGCAUCAGCACGUAUUCUCGCGUCACCAGUUCAGCACCGUGCCGGAAGCGAGCGAGGAAGGGGCAGAGGAGACGUCCAGCCUGUUCGCCACGCAAUUCAGUAGCAAGGACAAGGUUACCACCAAGACCACCAUCAGCAAGGACGCCUCAUCCCAAACCACGGAUAUAGAGUCCAAGGAAUCCUCGGUGGCCUUCAGCAAGAGCAAAGUUAGGAGGAAAGCGGCUACCGGUCUCUAUCAUUUGGACGAGCAGAAGAAGAAGAAGAAGCAAGAGAGUCAAUCGCCAACAGCAUCCGAGACCACGAGCAUCGGACCUUCAGUCGAAUCGGACAAGUCCGACUCCUCGACGAAGGACGACAGCGGGAAACGGAAGUCGCGCACCGUGCACAUCGACGUGUACUGCACGGGCACCGAGGACGACGACGAGGACAACACGGAUUCGUCCACCGAGAACGAAUGCGACACCCCGUUGACCGUUUUCGAGAAUCCAGAUCUAAGAGUGACCCACACGGAAGCACCUGUCGAUGCGCUACCACGAGGAUUUCUGGACGACAAAGCUUUCCUGAAGCGCGCGACGGAACGACGAUGCGACAGUUUCAAGCACCCACCGUUGAGGAUGCCCUCGUUGACCAGCUCCAAGGGUUACGACAGCGACGACGUCCUCAGCUCCCUCUAUCCUUCGCCCUUCAGCUCUUACAGCGCUCUUCGCGAUCCCGAUUCCGUGCCCUGGUCAGCGGCUUCCUCGAACGCCGGUGUCCCCUUUGACUACGACUCGGCGGUAGCCACUUCCUCGAAGGACACGUUCUCCGACAUCGAGUCGCUGCUGAACACCGGCACGGGCCUGACUCCGUGCGACAGCUUCGAGUACGCCAGUUCCAGCGAUCGCGAACGGAUACGAAGAAUGGAGGAGAUCUGGUCCAAGUCGGAGACGGGGGGGAACAGGAGCUGGCGAUCGCCGCAAAUAGAACGCAGAUACAUGCUACGGAAUAGGAAAAUUAGGGACCGUCUAGAGAAGCACGAGGAGGGCUGGUCGUCGGCGGACAGCGGCGAGGACACCGACGAAAGCGGCACGGUCGGUUGGAGUUUCGUGUCCAGCGAGGAAAGUCAGAUGAUGGUUAAGAAAACCUCGACCGUUCGACGGUCGAGCAGAAGCACGGUCGAGUCUGUAGAAAGAAAUGUAAUAGAGGCGAAGGAAGCGGAACCUCUGCGGAGGGAUUCACAGGUGGAUCGGUCCGACUCUACGGCCAGGAGCGAUCGUAUUCCUCAUUACGCUCUACGCGAACAAGUCGGACCUUUCGGUUCCAACAGCCCAUCCCCUCGCCCUUCGAAAGUUCCGUCGCGCGUUACCUCGCCGUUCAUGACCCCUCAGGGUGAGAGAACAGAUCAUAUCAUAAAGGCUUCGAUAUUCGGUGCGGUGGUGAACGCGUUUCGCAAACCAGGCCACCACGUAGGACCUGCCAAGAAUCCGUCGUGUUCCUGCGAGCAUUGCCGAAGACACUUCGAAGAACUGAACUCGCGGGAACGAUCCAGCUCUAUAAGCGAAUUCGAGCGACAAACCGGCUUUCGGUUGCACACCGAGAGGAAAAUCGUUCGUCCUAUACCGAGAAACUGUAAAUCGUGAGACGGUUUCCAAGGACCGCUUUAAAUAUCGUAGUAUUCCUGCUUUGCGAGAGAAUUGCGUUAAAAUGAAUUAUCGUUGCGUAAGGUUGUGUUGUAUAAUACGUGACGCGUGUGUUUAAAUUAUAUUUAUUGAUCAUGAUGCCAUACGUAUUCCAUAAUCGUAGUUUUCUUUUCUUUUUUAUUUAUGACAGGAAUAAAAUUCGCCGAAACAUUCUGCUGACUGUCGAGCAUUUAUUUAAACUAGCGGAUACACACGAUUAUUUAUGCUGUUCAUGCUGUUAAUAAAUAUUGAUUGUGAUA